GUAUCUAUACUGUGUAUAUAUAAUGUUUAGAUAUAUAUCCAUCAAAUCCUGGCAUUUGGAUGUGCGAAAGUCGAAAGCUUUUGGUGGGUUCGAUAAACCCAUGGUUGUUCUUAGUCAAGAGUUUUCAUAUGUUUUGGGGAAAGACAAAUUGUUGAUGAUCUAAGAGGAUUGAUUACCCCUUGUAGGAAUCAAACCACCAUCACCAUGCCUCUCUCAGAGCUCUUCAAAUUCGGUGCAGAAAAUCCCAAAUCUGAAAAUUCUGCUGGGGGUGAGAAUGAAUUGGUUGAAUUAGUUUGGGAUAAUGGGAAAAUCAAAAUGCAAACUCAAACUCAAUCUCAAUCCACAAGGGCUACAACCCAAUUCUGUGGAGUUCAAUCCACGUUUCGCGACGACUUGCCGGAAAACGCUCACCACGGCGACACUCCGCCGUGGCUGAGGAGUUUCCCGGCGGCCAAUGCUCCGCCGGAGAAUCCCUUCUCCGAAUUGUUGACCGGAACCUCCGGCAUUACUAGUAGCUGCGCAUCUCUUGAAAAGAGAACCACUGCUUGUGAUCCAGCUGCCAUUGAUUUGAAAGAAUCUCCCGUUAAUUCGAAUCUAGUUAAUUUUCGACAUUUUUCGAGACCGGCCGCCGAUGACAUUCCGGCCGGCGAGAAUCUUACUGAAUGUAAUGACAAGCCUAAAAAAUUAGAAGAUAGAACGCCGGUAGAGUCCUCGCCGGGUAAAAAAAUCGAGAUUAGGAGCAAUGCUGCCGAGGCCGUGGCCGUGGCUGCAACUUCCUCUGUAUGCUCCGGCAAUGGCGCAGACAAAAGAGGGAAAGUUCAUUGCUCGAAGAGAAAGUUGUGCGAUGUAGAAGACGAAUGCCGUAGUGAUGAUUUCGAUACUUCCAGCAAUGGAUCGAAGAGAAGCCGAGCAACCGAAGUGCAUAAUCUAUCCGAAAGGAAACGAAGGGAUCGGAUAAAUGAGAAAAUGCGGGUUUUGCAAGAACUCAUACCGAAUUGCAGCAAGGUCGAUAAAGCUUCGAUGCUCGACGAAGCCAUCGAAUAUCUAAAGUACCUCCAGCUGCAAGUGCAGAUUAUGUCGAUGGGAGCCGGGCUAUACAUGCCGCAGAUGAUGUUUCCUACAAGAAUGCAACACAUGCGCGGUCCUCAUUUUCCGCCGAUGGGAUACGGAAUGGGUGUGCCGGGAUGUCCUAUUUUCCCGGUGCCGCCUAUGCAAGCCGGAUGCUUCUCGUCUCCAAGUUUCCGGAGAGUUCCGGAAUUUGGCAAUAUCGAUCGAGGGGUCCCUUUAGCAUGUGGGGUUGGAAGUGGAAGCCGAAGUCGAAGGGAAGAGCGUUGUGUGUCGCCGAGUUUGAGCUCGGAAGAUCCGUCGAAGAGCAAGACUUCGGAUUCGAUGUUCGAUGGUGGAGCUAGCAGCUCGAUGAACUAUGAAUCUAAUUAGGUGUAUGCGGGUGAAUUUGAUCGUUGAAUUUGGAACUCUGAACAAAGAACAACGAUGGGAAGAGUUGGAUCGUUCUCCGGCCGCGCCGAAAAUGGUCGAGGCCGUGCUUCGACUUAUUGCUUGUCGAAAAGUUCGGGUUUUAAGGGAGGCGAACAACAACAAUGUCUUAAUAUUACGAUGCCUUGCAAGCAUCGAGCAAUGUACGAAAAUCCGAGACCUUUUGUUCUAACAAUAAUAGAGGCCUAAUAGGGAUAAUGUUUAGUUUUUUAAGAGACCAAGGAAAUUUUUAGGUUGUUUUUUGUGGGUUUUAUUCACACAUAUAUAUAUAUAUAUUUCUUAAUUUUAA